AUAAAGCGUGUCAAAACCCACACUGUUCUUCUUGCAUACGGAUCUGUUCUCUUUCUUUAAGUCGUGGUUUUCCCUUUGCAAGAUGUUUUUCAAUCAUUUCCUGAGGAUAGUUUGCGAUUUUAGUUUCUCUACAUAAAUUUCACUAGACAAUGAGGCAUAUAUUGCUAUGUGAAGGGGUUGUGCAGAGCGAAGCUGAAAUCUUGACGGAACGUCUGUUUUCUGCUCCACUCUGCAGACUGAAGAAGACAGACAGACUGCAGACAUAUGUGGCAAAAAUUUAAGAGUUACGAUUUUACUUUUUACGCUAUAUCUUGUGACUCAUGGACAGUUAGUAGAAGACAGACAACUCUCAUCUUCAGUAAAUUACUGCCGAACUCCUGAUGGGCUUGCUGGAGAAUGCGGAGAAAUAUCAAGAUGUCUAUAUUUAUUAUUCGAUAUGGUCAAAUUACGACGAUCAGUUUGCUUUAGAAAUUUCUUUAUAGUAGGAAUAUGCUGCCCAGGGUUUUCGUCCACCACCACAUCUAUUGCAAAUGUUACGACAGCUCCGGAAACGACAACAGAAACUCCUGAAUCCACAACAGAAGUAACCACAACAACUUCUACUAAACCACCAACCACAAAACGAGCUACUCUUAAAACAACUAUAUCAACAGCAAUACCUUUAAAAAGAUUCCACUCGAAGUCCACAAAGAAACCGAUUACAACUUCAACAACGACUGUAAAGAAUGUCGAAGUUUUUACCACAACCACCACUACUCCUUUAGAUACUUUGGCAUCUGAAGCAUCCAUACAAAAUUUCACUUAUUCAUCAGCUUUCACUUGUGGAAGCUCUGGAAGAGAUGGGCGUAUUGUUGGAGGAUAUGAAGCUAAUCCAGGACAAUGGCCUUGGAUGGCUGCAAUAUUCUUGGACAGUUACAAAGGCCGGGAAUACUGGUGUGGAGGAGCUCUAGUUGGGACAUGGUACAUUUUAACCGCGGCUCAUUGUCUUUCUGACCAAAGAGGAAGAAGGUACAGAAAAGAACAGCUUACAGUACGAUUAGGAGAUCAUCAUUUGUUCAAGACAGAUGAUUUUAUGAAGCCCAUUGAGUUUAAAGUUGCUGAAACUUUACCCCACCCUGAUUUUUCCAGAAGUGGGUUUUAUAAUGAUAUAGCUCUCUUAAAAUUAAGAAAACCAGUUACUUAUUCUGAAUUCAUCAGUCCAGUAUGCUUACCUACUGUCGGAUUGAAAGCAAAUUCCUUAGUUGGAUAUAUGGGAACAGUCACUGGAUGGGGUACAUUAUCUUAUGGUGGCACUGGCAGUGGUUCAUUACAGCAAGUCACCAUGCCCAUAUGGGAUAAUGCAGACUGUAAUCGAAGAUAUUUUCAACCUAUAACCAAAGGAUUUUUAUGUGCAGGUUUUUUUGAAGGUGGAAAAGAUGCUUGUCAGGGAGACUCUGGUAGUCCUAUGGUGAUACCUGAUAGAACAAGACAUUGGACUGUGAUUGGAGUUGUAUCAUUUGGAAGUAAGUGUGCUCAGGCUGGAUACCCUGGAGUUUACACAAGAGUCACGGAAUAUUUAGAUUGGAUUGAUGAAAAUAUGCAAUAAAUAUUUAAAACAAUUUA